UCAAUUCACAAUGAACCCCUUCACCACCCCCCUAAUAACCCCCACCGAAUACCACAAUGCCACCCUCACCCCUCAGUCCCGACGAAUCAUCCCGCUAGCAGCCUACCGCCCCACCCUCCACGCCUCCUUCGAAUCCUACCAUCUCCCAGGCUCAAAAUUCUUCCCUCUCGACCAAAUAACCACCCCCUCCCCCUACCCAACCAUGCUCCCCACCCCCUCGCACUUCGCCGCCGGAAUGUCCGCCCUCGGGAUCCAGAAAUCCGAUAUCCUGGUCAUCUACGACGCAGAGGAAAUAGGCACGUAUCAUGCCCCCCGGUUGGCGUUUAUGUGUGAGUUGUUUGGGCAUAGGCAUGUGCAUGUUUUGAAUAAUUUGAGGGCGUAUGUGCGGUUAGGUUUGCCGGUUGGUGAUGGGGAGGUUGUGGUGGGGGAUGUUGGGCGGGGUGAGGGUGGUGGUGAAGGUGGGGGGUAUAUUGUGGAUGAAGGAGAGGUUGAUACUCAGCGGGUGAUUGAGUUCGAGGAGGUUAGGGAUGUUGUUUUACGGGGCAGGGAGCAGGAUGGGAAAAGGGCUAGGAUUCUGGAUGCGAGGAUACCGGGGCGGUUUCGCGGCGUGCAGGCGGAGAUGGAUCCGGCUUUGAGGUCGGGUCAUAUGCCUGGGGCGGUUAAUGUGCCGUUGGCGAGGUUGUUGAACGAACAGGAGGGGUCAAUUUUGUCGCCUGGGGAGUUGAAGAGGGUUUUGGUGGAUGCCGGGGCGUUGGAGGAUGGCGAUGGGAAGGUGGAAUAUAUCCUGACGUGUAAUUCUGGGGUUACGGCGGCGGCGCUGGACCUGGCGUUGCGGUUGGUUGGGGCCAAAGGGACGAGGAGGGUAUAUGAUGGGAGUUGGAUGGAAUGGACGCGCAGGGUCGGGGAUGAGCUGAUUGAGGUUUCGUAGCUGUAUAGACUGUAGGUAUAGACGAGCUGGACUCUAUUAGAGGCAAUAGAUGAAAUCAGGCU